CACAGGAAAGCCUAUCAGCACAAUGUGAACAAGCUCAUAGAGACUAUGAUCACAGAUGCCUUCGUAAAAGCAGAUCCAUGCAUCCAGAUUGAAGGCUCAGGAGGGAAGACGUUCACUCUCUCUGAAGCUAUAGAAGACAUAGAAGCCUACACCAAGCUGACAGAUCGGGUGUUUGAAAUAAUACUCACUCCUCCUUCCCACAUCUACGUUUCCUGCCCAGAGGAGGAAGAAAUGAGGAAAUGUCUCAUCACAGCUGGAAAUUGCCCAGAGGUGAAAGCUGCGAGGGAGAUUCUCCAGAGGAUCAUAGAUCGAGACUUCUACAAGUGUCUGGGGAGAAUUAAGACUGAGAAACCCACUGAGGAGGUGAAAAAGCAGUGGAAAAAGGAAUUAGCUCAAACCAUCCCUGAUGACGGGCUGACAGCAGAGGACUUUGAAAUUGUGGUCACUUCUCUCGAUUACAGGAUAAAGGGGGAGGACCCCAUCAGUAAUGUGUAUUUCUACAGCAAGUUUGCCCCUGACAAAGCUUCAAAGAUCCCCCAAGACCAGGUGGACAAACUUCUCUCAGAGCGCUUUUCUGAGCCGUUCAUCAGGGUUUACUGCAAGAGGAAGGAUGAAGAGAGUCUGGACGCUGCCGAGAACCACUUCGUCCAGUGGUGUGAAGCCAAGAACUUUCCAAUACUUGAGGAUGGAAACCCAGAGGAAGACAGCCAAAACAAUUAAUAUGAAGAUGUGGAAGAUGAAGCUCAACCCUGAAAAAAACAAACACUCUCUGAUACUCACUGGUUCUAUAUAAUUGAAAAUAAUCCAAAAUGACCCUGUAAAUGAGAAUUAAUUAUUACACUAAAACCCUAUAGUCAGGUUUUCUGAAGCCCUGUUCAAUAUUAUACACAUUUUUGUUUGCCAUUGAUCAUCUUCAUCAGCUGUUUUAGACCUUCUCCAUCUGCAGCUGUAUGUCACAUUUAAACUGAAGCACAAUUUCAUACCAUGUUUCUACCAAAACAUGCCCUUCUGUAAAUCUUUUUUAUCCUUGUAUUACUACAGAGCUUUUAAAGGAGGAAAUUCAAAUCUACAAACAAAAGUACAACUUUGUAUUCUUUAUGUUUGUGACAAGCUUUAAAGCACCACCAACACAUGUAAUAGAGUCUGUUAUUUAAAGUGACAUUUAAUUAAUAAGCAUUUAAUUUGUGGUUUGGGGAUUUUGAAUAUUUAGUAGUAUUUGUAUUUAAUAUUAAUUGUGUGAGUUAAUAUGGAAAUCUCAUUAGAUGCUAUUUUGACUUUGAAUCAUUUUUGAUCAGAAGUUGUUUUGGUGGUUUAGUUUAUUUAACUGCAUCUUUCCUCACUUACAACAUUUAUUGUCACUGUUUUUAAAUUGUUUUUGAAUCUAUUUUAUUGGUGGCAUCUUUUAUUUUAUCUUGUUUUUUCAUUUGAAUGAUUAUACCUUUUGAAAUCAUCUCAAUCAAUAUGAAAUGAGAAUUUAAUCAUUUGUGAUAGAUUACAUAUAGAUAUAUAGAUAUUAGAUGGAUAACAUUAUCAAAAUUUUUCUCUGUAGUCACAUUAUAUAGGUCAACUGGCUUGUUGCUUUAGUCAAUGUAACCAUCUGUAUGAAUAUGGCUAAGGCAUGGGUAAGGGUAUCGAGUUUUGCUCAUUGUGUGAAAAUAUACUAUAUAUUUAAUAUGUAAUGGGACUUUUGAGGGAAACCUACCAAAGGUUAGUCAAUCGUUUUAACUAUAAUCCUAUUGAUCUGAUUUAAUAACAGAUUGUACCUGCUUUAUUUGAAAUAAAGGUCUUUUACUUUUU